AAAUGGAGAUAUUUAUAUCAAUGAGCUUCUUUCCGAAUAUACGAGAACUACCUACUUACCUACCUACUGUGUAUAGUUAUCUCUAUCGUUUCUUCGGCUCGUUUGUUUGUCUGUUUGGGAGUUAUAUCGUAUUAUAACUGAUACAACUUACACCCACGAAUCUUCUCAUGCAUUAGAGAAGAUUGGUUUGGGAACAUCUUUUACUUUAACUUGCAUACAUCAUACAUUGAUUCGAAUCACCUGUCACUCCAAGCACACUCGCAUCCCCCGCAAUUAGAAUUACCUGAGCUGGACCCGAUCUGUGGUUAACCCCGCAUCCAUAUCAACGAACGAGCAUUCACCACAUAUAUUCACAUACUUAUACAUAGUUACAUACAUACAUACCCGAUUGCCUGAACAGAUAGUUUUUAAUCGACUUCUCCCUCAAGUUUUUACAACUUUUUCUUUCUCAUCUCUUGCUCGUCAAUAACUCGGCACCUCUACGUAUUGAAAAGCGUCACGAAGACUGCACAGGUUGAGAUUCACGAUGGCAACUUCAACUAGAGAAAGACGUCCCUCCACCGGUGCUCCCAUUAGUGAACUCCAAGGUCCUGUUGGUCCUGCUGGCGUUACAAGACCUAAACAUAAGCGUACCUUUACCGGUUUUGGUGCUGGGGAAAUCAAAAGUGUAGAAGCAUCGAUUCCUGAGCCUCAACGAGAAGCAUGGAAGAAAUAUACUGCCAAAGGAUUUGAGACCAAGGAGGACUUUGAGAAGGAAGUCGUUCGUCAUGUUGAAACUACUUUGGCUCGUAGUAUGUUCAACUGUGAUGAGACUGCUGCAUAUGCCGCGGCUAGUUUGGCUUUCAGAGAUAAAUUGAUUACGGCUUGGAAUCGUACUCAACAGAGACAAACUUUUGCUGAUGGCAAACGUGUGUACUACUUGAGUUUGGAGUUUUUGAUGGGAAGAGCGCUCGACAAUGCUAUGUUGAAUGUUGGGUUGAAGAAUGUUGCUAAAGAGGGUCUUUCGGAUCUUGGUUUCAGAAUUGAGGAUAUCAUCAACCAAGAGCAUGAUGCUGCCCUCGGUAAUGGUGGUCUUGGUCGAUUGGCAGCUUGUUUCCUAGAUUCUCUAGCUUCCUUGAGCUAUCCAGCAUGGGGUUAUGGUUUGAGAUAUAGAUAUGGUAUCUUCAAGCAAGAAAUUGUAGAUGGAUAUCAAGUCGAAGUCCCAGAUUACUGGCUUGACUUCAAUCCUUGGGAAUUUCCAAGACAUGAUAUUGUUGUUGAUAUCCAAUUUUUUGGCCAUGUCAGAAAGUAUCAGGAUGAACAAGGAGUAUCGAAGACUGUAUGGGAGGGCGGAGAGAUUGUCAAGGCCGUGGCCUAUGAUGUUCCAAUCCCAGGUUAUGAUACCCCCGCUACCAACAACUUGCGUCUUUGGUCUAGCAAGGCUGCUAGCGGUGAAUUCGACUUCCAAAAGUUCAACAGCGGUGACUAUGAAAGUUCAGUGGCCGAUCAACAACGCGCUGAGACUAUCAGUGCUGUUUUAUAUCCGAACGAUAAUCUCGACCGUGGAAAGGAGCUUCGUUUGAAGCAACAGUACUUCUGGGUCGCUGCAUCAUUAUAUGAUAUUGUUCGUCGAUUCAAGAAGUCUAAGCGUGCUUGGAAGGAAUUCCCAGAACAAGUUGCCAUUCAAUUGAAUGAUACUCAUCCAACUCUUGCUAUUGUUGAGCUUCAACGUGUUCUUGUUGAUCUUGAAGGUCUUGAGUGGGAUGAGGCAUGGGGAAUUGUUACCAAGACUUUUGGUUACACAAAUCACACUGUUCUUCCUGAAGCUCUCGAAAAGUGGUCUGUUCCUCUUUUCCAGAACUUACUUCCCAGACAUCUUCAAAUCAUUUACGAGAUCAACUUGUUCUUCUUACAAACUGUGGAACGUAAGUUUCCUGGUGAGAGAGAUCUCCUCGGUCGAGUCUCGAUUAUUGAAGAAUCUCAACCAAAGAUGGUUCGCAUGGCUUUCUUGGCUAUCGUUGGUUCUCACAAGGUUAACGGUGUGGCUGAACUUCAUUCUGAUUUGAUUAAGACCACUAUUUUCAAGGAUUUUGUCAAGAUCUUUGGCCCUGAUAAGUUUACUAAUGUCACCAAUGGUAUCACUCCUAGAAGAUGGCUUCACCAAGCCAACCCUAGAUUGUCUGAGUUGAUUGCCAGCAAGCUUGGUGGUUAUGACUUCCUCAAGGAUCUUACUCUUUUGAGCAAGCUCGAAGCAUUCGCUGAUGAUAAGACAUUUAAGAAAGAGUGGCAGGAAAUCAAGUAUGCGAACAAAGUUCGCUUAGCAAAACACAUCAAGACGACUACUGAUGUCACUGUCAACCCAUCUGCCUUGUUUGAUAUUCAAGUCAAGCGUAUACAUGAGUAUAAGCGUCAACAGAUGAACAUCUUUGGUGUCAUUCACAGAUACUUGACUAUUAAAGCUAUGAGCCCAGAAAAGCGCAAAAAGUUGGCACCUCGAGUUUCGAUCUUUGGUGGAAAAGCUGCUCCAGGUUACUGGAUGGCAAAGACUAUCAUUCAUCUUAUCAACAACGUUGGUUCUGUUGUCAACAAUGACAAAGAUGUUGGAGAUCUUCUGAAAGUUAUCUUCUUGGAGGAUUACAAUGUAUCCAAGGCCGAGAUGAUUUGCCCGGCAAGUGAUAUCAGUGAACACAUCUCAACAGCAGGUACAGAAGCCAGUGGAACCUCAAAUAUGAAGUUCGUGUUGAAUGGUGGAUUGAUUAUUGGUACCUGCGAUGGUGCUAAUAUUGAAAUUACUCGUGAGAUUGGAGAGAACAACAUUUUCCUCUUUGGUAACUUAGCUGAAGAUGUUGAUGACCUUCGUCAUGCUCACACUUACGGCUCUACUCAACUUGACCCUGACCUUCAGAAAGUCUUUGAGGCUAUUCAAAAGGGUACUUUUGGGGAUGCCAACGCAUUUGGUGCUCUCGUUGGUGCUAUUAAAGAUCAUGGUGACUACUAUCUCGUUUCCGAUGAUUUCAACAGCUACAACCAAACUCAAGCUUUGGUGGAUGAAGCAUACAAGAAUCAAGAUGAGUGGACUACAAAGACUAUUACUAGUGUGGCUAGAAUGGGUUUCUUUAGCAGUGAUAGAUGUAUCAAUGAGUAUGCUGAGUCGAUUUGGAAUAUUGAACCACUAGCUGCGGGGAAGGGAGGGGAGGCGUAAGUAGAGAUGAUAUAAGGGCGUUGAGGAUGAUGGAUGACGGAGAAUAUGCUUGAAUGGCUUUUCAGGUGGAUAUACAUUGGGGGACAAAAGAUGGUUAUGAUGAUAAUGAUGAUGAGGGAGAAAAAUAAGCAUACGAAAUAAUAUGCUACGAUAAGAUACAUCAAGUCCUGACUAGUUUCGAUUGAUGAACGACAUUCCUAACUACCUAUUACCUACUUCCUAUUCAAUUGAAUGCCCGUGUCUCCCU